CAUUAUUUUCAGAAUUAAAACUAGAAUGGGAUCCUUUUGAUGAUGAAGAAGAAGAAGACCUAAAGACCUACAUGAAAAAGUUUUAGAUCAGUCUGACAAAACUGAGAUUUCUAAAAGUGAGACUCGCAAAGAUGAGGCUCGCAAAGAUGAGACUCGCAAAGAUGAGACUCACAAAAAUGAGGAGAUAAAAUACUCAAAGACUGAGUCUAAACAAGAGACAGACCCAAGAUUAGAUAGAGCAAAAGGAUGUGUUGUAGGAGCUCUUUGUGGAGAUGCGGCCGGAGCGGUCCUUGAGUUUCAUCGAGGAGAGAUUACUAAAACUCUUUGCAAUAAAGCUGUCCAAAUGCUCGGAGGUGGGGUCUUCAAAGUUGGCCCAGGACAAGUUACUGAUGAUGGUGAACUCACUAUGUGUCUUCUCCAUGCCUUAGUCAAUAGUGGAGGAAAGUUUCAAGAAACUGAAGUGGCUAAAUACUAUGGAAAAUGGUACAGAUCUAAUCCAUUUGAUUGUGGAAUCACAAUUGGGAAUGCUCUUUCUGUUGCAGAUCCAGACGAUCCAAAUCCAGACGAUAUCAAGAAAGAAGCUGAGAAACUUUCUCAAGGAUCACAAAGCAACGGCUCACUGAUGAGAGCAACACCACUCGCUGUAUUCUGUCAUAACAUGAAGACUGCUAGUGCUGAAGAUUUCGAUGCUGAAGAAUGGAAAGAACACAAAGCCUGUGUCUUUGAAGCAGCAAAGCUUGAUGCCUCUUUCACUCAUCCGAGUCCAGCAGUCCACUAUGUUGAAGGACUGUACAUCUACAUGAUGACUCUGAUCAUCAAUGGAGUCAAGCUAGCCGAUGUCUACAAUACAAUCAUAGACGAAAUUGACCAUUUAGACAAAGAAGAGUACAAGGACCUGAUCCUUGAGUGGGUUGACAAGUCUAAAGAGAGAAAACUUGGUAGCUUAGAACACCAGAUGGGAUGGAUGAAGCAUGCCUUUAUCUGCUGUCUCAGAUAUCUCAGACUUGCAAAAGAAAGUGAGGACUUAAACGAACCCCUUGAUUCCACAUUCUACGAAGAAGCAAUGGUAAAGAUCCUAAUGGGAGGAGGUGACACUGACACCAACGCUUGCAUUGCAGGUGGACUCAUCGGAGCUAUUGUUGGGUUCAAAGGCCUUCCAGAAGAAGCGAAGACCAAAGUUCUGAAUUGGGACAAUAACAAAGAAGAAGGUCAUGAAAGACCUGAAUUCCUGGUUCCAAGUAUUUAUGCUGAGAAUUUGAUCGAGAGAUUAUAUGAUUCCGCUGCAACUGAUUUUGAAAUAGACUAGAUCCUCAUCAAUUUAUCAAUUCAG